AUGGGAAAAAGAGGUAAAUGUGAUGAUUAUGUAAAGAUUGAAAAGACUAAUGUAGUCAAGAAAAGACUUAAUCAGAGAAAGUAUAUUAAUCAGCUUAAGAGAGAAAUUCGAUGUUUAGAACGUGGAAAUAGAACAUAUAAAAGUGCUGCCAUUGAAUUAGAGACAUGGAAAGAGAAUUUUAUAGAGAAUGAGAAAGAAUUAGAAGCUUACAGGAAAAUGAACAGUAAUGGGUCACUAGUGGAGAAGAAAUUGGAUUGUGUUGUGCUUGAGGAUAAGUCGAAAGGGGAAUUUCUUGUAAAUGAUGAGCAGAAUGAUUAUAAAAUCAAGUACAGCGAACUUCUUCUUCGGAUGAAACGACUAGAAGAUGAUCAAAUCCUAUGCAGUAUGAGUGAAUACGACAAGGUUGUUCAGAUUGAGACAGAGAAUAAGGAAUUGGGGAUUGGGAAUUGUAGAUUACAGGAAGAGGUGAAUGUUUGUGAGAAAGUAAUGCAGGCUUGUAAAGUGAAGAGUAAUGAGCUGUCUGAUUUACUCGAUGAGAAGAGAAUGGAAUGUGCUGUGCUUGAGGAUGAAUGUAAAGAUCUAAGAUUAAGUAAACUUGUCGUCGAUGAUGAAUUGAAAAAUUAUAAAACUAAGUGUAUUUUUGUUAUUACUCAAGUAGAAGCAGAUCAAAGAGUUAUUUGUGAAAAGGAGAAGAAGGGACAAGAAGAAAAUUUAUUUUUAUUGCAUGAAAAUGGCAAGCUUGUUCAACUCAAGACAGAAAAUAGGGAAUUGGAGCUCGGGAAAUGCAGAUUACAGGAUGAGAUUAAUAAUUGGAGCAAGAAGUUCCAAGAAAUGGAAACCCAAGUUUCAAGGAUUGCCAAUGAAGGUGCUUUAGAGAAAGCUAAACUGAAAGAAGAAUUGGCAGUUUAUAGAAGUAUGUCUCAGGAUCUGCAGGAAGAGCUUGAGAAGAAGAGAAUUCAGUUUAUUGCAAGUACAUAUAAACUGAAAGCCUUGACAUCAAGGAAAAACUCUGUUGAUAAUGAGCUGAAUGAGUGCAAGACUUUGUGUAUUCAACUGAAAGAGCGAAUUGCACAGUUGGAGAAAGAUAAAAACUUGAUGUCCAGUAAAGAGAAGAGGGCCCAAGAAAUAAUUGCUGAGAUGUCUGCUGAAAUAAAAAAGAAGGGAAGUGAUUGGAAUGAAGAGUAUGUUAGGCUCAAGGCAGCAUAUGCUGAUUUGGAGCGUGGUAAACAUAGCGCACAGGAGGAGAUAAGUAGGUUGAGGAAAAGUUUGGCUGACUCCAAAACAGAAGCAGCUUUCAGGUUGACUCAUGAAGUCAAGUUACAGACUGAUUUAGAUGAUUGUAAAUUUCAGUUCAAUCAGUUGUCUGAGAAGCUUGAAGAGCAGGCUUCAAUAGAAGUUAAGUUGGCAGAAGGAUUAAAAAAGGCGAGUGACGAGACUGAAAUGUGGAAGGAAAGGUUUGGGGAGAUGAAGAAUAAAUCUGAAACAUAUAGGUGUGAGUGUGAUGAGUUGUCUUUGAAACUUGAGGAGAAAACAAGGGAGUGUUUUGUUACCGAGGUUAAGUUGAGUGAUCUUAAAUCAAGAAAGAAUUCUGUAGAUUUUGAGCUUCAUGAGUACAAGAAGACAUCUAAUGUACUUAAAGAGAUGAUUUCUUGUUUCGAAGAAGAGCACAAGGUUAUCUGUGAAACAGAAAAGGGGGAUGAAGAAAAAAUCACCAACUUGUCAGAGGAAUUGAAGAAGGCACGUGAUGAGUCAGUAAUGUGA